AAGAUUCUCAUUGGCGACAAAAGUUGGUGCUUGAAAAAAAACGCUUGGCUGUAAAAAAACGCUGCGAAAGUAAGCCACGAAGUCACAAAUUGGUGUUGGUGGACAAACAGUGAAAAUUUGUCGAAGGUGUUUGAGAAGGGGAACUCAGGUGAACAGCAGCAGCAAGCGAAUGAGAAAAUAAAUUAUCGAUACUGAAAGACAUGCCUUUUCGCAAUAACAUAGAGCGCAGCUUUUGAUGGUUUCUAUUAGAACUAGUGGAUAAGCAAUUGUGUAUACUGGACGAGCAAUGAACGCUCGACACAGCAGACAGCAAGUUUAAUGGAAAUGUUAUUGAAUUACUUGGCCGUAGUGUUGAAGGAAUCGUUGCCUAAACAGUGGAAUCAGUGACGUAGUUUCAAUAACAGAUCUGAAGCAUCUUCACUUAAUCGAUUAACAUUCUCGGGAUACUGUAGAAUAAAAUGUUGCUAACGGGUGCAAUAAAAUUGCAAUUAACUAGAAAUUCACGUCCAUCAGUGACUAAAGUACUAGGUUCUUGUUGACUGCGUUUUGUUCAAUCGGCUAAAACAGCAUCGCUCGCCAAACGGUUUGCAACUGCUACAAUGGAAGAAGUGUGACUGAACAGACUUAAACUGCAACAAUAAAACAAUAACAAUAUAGUCGGAUUAAGCUAGGCCAUCGUCGAGCAACAAAUCAAACUCAACAGAAAAUGUCAGGACCAUUUUCCGCAUCUACUGCUUUUACCAAUAAUAACAAUAAUGACGGCUGGGGAGAAGAAUGGGGUGAUUGGGGCGGUGACAAUGCAAACACAACAUCACUGCAAAAACAGCACCAUCCCCCACCGCAACCGUCAAUCAUAAACGCUAACAAAUACUUUCAGCCUGUCCAGCCACACUAUCCCCCUCAGCAAGUUCAUAUGGAUCAAAGCAACAAAAAUUUCAUGCCUAAUGCUACACAUCAACAGAGUUUUCAGAACUUCUCCACGCCAACACCUCCUAUGCAGCAACAACACUUCCACCCUAGCUAUCAACAGCAACAUGUCUACCAUCCACAGCAGCAACCGUAUGUACAACAACCAGGUGCACCAACUUUUUUCAAUCAAGCAUCUCCCCGGAUCCCGUCGUACCCAUCUGCUUCAACAACACCUCAACUCAACCAACCGUAUAACCAAACUAUCUCCGAUAGCUUUAAUACAAGUGAUGGCGAUAGCUGGAACUGGAGCGUUUCGGAAAAUCAAUCAGCUGCGAAUCCUACACCGCAAACAGUUGAACCACAGCCGCAGCAAAAUGCAUUUCAGGAGAACUAUAACCUAAGUUACCCUCAGUCCAACAUUUCACCGAGCUCUUUCAGUUUACCUGGUGGCGUAAACAAUACUCAACAACCACCGGUCCAACCUCCUAAGGUACAGGCCGCUCAGAUAACUAGACUCAAGAACGAAACUCUUUCGCCCCAAUGGUCCAUUGAAAGUCAAGUGUCCCAAACCUCUAGCGAUCGAUCAAUUGAAAGCGGAGAAAUAGCCGAGAGUAGAAGUUCCAACACGAUACCGUCGGAUGACGGAUCCUCUGGAAGGCAUCCGCCUCCAUCCCAACAGGUCGAAAACUACGAAAACAUAACUUCGUAUGGUGGGCAAUGUACAGGUCGUGAUGAUAUUCCGGACAAAUUGGAUGUAACAUUGAACUCGUUAAGUAUAAAGCAGGAACCACAACCAAAUGGAAAACGGCCUGAAAGUUACCGGGAAUCUUCCUUCCCGCCUCCUCCGCCAUCGAUUGCGACCAAUCAAUUGGCAGAAGGUGGAGUAUUGCCUCCGAAAUCUUCAUCACGAACUCCACCGCUGCCUCCUCCACCUACUGAAGUUGGACCCCCACCGGCAGCUCAAGGUCCCCCACCACAUCAAGGACAACCAAAAGGACCAGUUGGUAAUCCGUUCAAGCGUGUAGGACAACGUUCUCAUAUCGCAACUCCCGGACUUGGAGUAUCGCAGCAGCCAGCAUCGACAAACACAAAUUACUUCUACUCAAAUCCUUCGCAAGAUGUUAAUAACGUAGAGAAUCCCAUUCCGGAAAAUUUGGAAAUACCUGACUCUCGUAGCGAAAAUGUCGAAAAUCUGGAAAUUGCUCCAAGUAAUGAUCGUAAUCAGUAUUUGCAAACAGGUCAUCUGUCUGAGGAAGGCUACACUAGCUCUCAUCCAACAUCCCAACAAAACGAUCAACAACCUGGGGAGGACAGUUUACCUCCCCCAGGACUAUCUCGUUAUGUCCCUGGUCAACAGCAGUCAGAAAACAGUACUCCCCAGAUGAGUCAUAAUUUUCCUGAAUUACCACCCGGUUUAGACCGCAUGAUUCCUGGAACCGACCUAGAAAGUGCAACCGAUCUUAACAUGGAACGACAAAUCGAUGGCGAAGUUUCCGACUCGGCUUCAAACUCCAAUGUGCGACCAAACUAUCCAACUAUUUCUUCGUCGCAGACCCAAGAACACCACCACCCACACCAUCACAAUCGCCAGGAGGAUCCGAUGAGUGAUCGAAACCUUUAUUUGGUUCCUGGGGAAAGUGACACGCACCACAAUCAACAACGUGUAAUCCCUGGUGUAGAAGAUGAUCGCCCCGCUCAUACUAGUAGCAGUAGCUACGUAACGCAGGUCCAACCUGUAAUUGAAAUACCAAUAAACGAGGAACAACGAGAAUUGGUUAUGGAUGGUGAAAAUCCACACGACCCGCCUACACAACCAAUCCACGUGGACACUGGACGGGAAGAGCCAAUAGAAGGAGGUAACACCCAGGAUGAUCCUAUCGUUGCUAGUACGAGCGGUACACCUUCAAUAGGGAUUGUUGAAAUUGACUCCAAUAUCACCACAGAAACUCUACGCAAAGAUCCUUCCAACACAUCAACAGCAGACGAAAGCGACAAAGAUCGUUCAAUGUUCUAUUCGAAAGGGAAAGCACCGCGUCGAGAUGAAGAUCCUUUGCGUCGAUCUAACAAGAGUAAGAGUUCAAGGGAUCGUUACGAUACGGAGGACUCAGAUUAUAGUGAACGAGAAAGGCGACGACGAGAUCGAGAGGGCAGCGGUGCAUUGGAUGGACCACAGAGGGAUCGUAGACGGGAUAUUGAAAAAGAUCGAAGGAAAGAUGGUGGCAAAGACCGAGAUCGGCAGAAGGAUAAAGAUCGAGACUAUGACUACAGGGAUAGGGAUAGAAAUAGGUAUGACCGUGACCGUGGUGAACGCGAUCGCUAUGGCCGCGGAAGCAAGCAUGAACGAGAAAGUCGCUACGAAACUGAUGGAUCCAAGUAUGAAACUGAACGAUCGACCCGUUACGAUAAGGAAGGCGAUACUGGAAAACGAUACAUGUCUCGGGAAGAAUACUACCGUAAAAGAGAGGAGCGCGGUGAAGACGAUCGUCGCUACCGCAAAGAGAAGGAUCGUGACCGACCUGAUCGUUAUCGAGAUGAGAGGAAAAGAGACGAUCGUUACCGGGAAGGUGGCGACAAGCGUCGUGAUCGACGAUACGAUUAUGAAGAUUAUCGAACCGGAAGUCGCAAUGGAACGGAUCGAGAUCGCGAACGUGAUCGUGGCCGAGACAGUCGAGAUCGAGAUGAUCGUAAGGAACGUGAUCGAAAAUACCCUCAGUCGACCUACGGAGGUGCGCCUUAUGGUGCGGCUGGAUAUUAUGAUCCGUAUACCUAUUACACUCAGCAUCAACAGUACUAUGAACAGCUGCGAAGGACUAACCCGCAGGCAUACGCUGAAUGGUAUCGUACGUACUAUAGUCAAAUACAAGCUGCUCAGAUGCAGAGGGACCUGAUAACAACAGAUGGUCGGGAAUCGGUGCAUUCCGGGCGCAGUUCAGCCAACGAUAAGGAGCGGUUAAAUCGCACGACGCCGUUCCUCCAACAGCCCGGCAUGUACAAUCCGGAAGACUAUCAUCGUCAUUUCAGUAAUCAAUCGCAACCAUCUGCAAUGCUUGAUCGAAGUUUCCUCAGUGAAGCCGCUGGUCAUCCGGCAUCUUUGUCAAUGUUCCACCAUCAGCAAACAAUGGCAUUCCAGCAGCAGCAACAACAACAGCAGCAGCAGCAACGUGCUACACCGCUACUCAUGGAUAGGUCGUACCACACUGACAGCGGAUAUUACCAGCCAAGGUUGGACAACACCGAUGGCUCGAUACGGCAAGAACCGACAGCGAUGGCUGAGAUGGAACCGGAGCGUUUGACACCGCGAAAAUUCCCUGAAAUACAUCCAAUUGUCAGCAUUUCCUGUGGGCUGUUGGUAACUGCUAAAAAUCGAUUGACCAUCAAUGGUACUACCGAUUUGGUUAAGAUUUUAAGCAUUGGUACUAACGAACCAACACGCAAGUUGUUUCAUUCGUAUCCGGGUCCAUUGGUUAAGGAUAAAACUCACAAAAAAUCUGUGAUUGAGUUUUGUGAAGAGCAACUGCGUUGCGGUCCGCCUGCGAUUGGAGGACAAACUUUGGUGAAAUCCCGAGGAAAUUCCAUAAACAGUCUUCACUCUCUUGGAGCUAGCGGUAAUCGAGGCUCGUUCACGUUACUAUGGAGCUAUAUAAUUCUUUUGUUGAGGCAGAACGGAACAUUCGUCGGCACGGACAUUUCAGAACUACUUAUGCAUAACAAGCGAGAGUUCCCAUUUGAAUCGCACCAUACGAGCGCGCGAUCAACGAACAUCAGUGGAAGAAAUUCUUCCCAGUCCACCACCGAUCGCAAACCACAUGAAGCCGACGGUGAUGGUCGCUUGGAUGAUGAAGAAGAAGAAACCGCCGAGAAUGUCUCCGGUGAACUUGAUCGACAACUAUUGUUUCCAAAGAAAGAACAGCUAAGUGAAUUGGAGAUCACGGAUAAGUUCCGUAACUAUCUUAUAUAUGGUAACAUUAGCGACGCUUUGGAAUGGGCCACAGAAAAUAAUCUGUGGGGCCACGCACUAUUUCUUGCCUCGAAAGUUGAUUCGAGACAGCACGCGAACGUGAUGAUGAAAUUCGCCAACAAACUCACGUUAAACGAUCCGUUACAAACUUUGUAUCAGUUGCUCAGUGGGAGAACUCCCUCUGCGGUGAGCUGUGUGCUUGAUGAAAAAUGGGGCGAUUGGCGACCGCAUUUGGCAAUGCUAGUUUCUAACAGCUCGGCCAAACCUGAGCUGAUAAAGAAAUCUAUCACUACGCUUGGCGAUUCGUUGUACAAUAGGGGCGACUUGUACGCGGCACAUUUUUGCUACUUACUGUCAGAUGUAGCGUUCGGACGAUUUUCUGACGUUAAACAGGACAAUGGUAUGACGAUUACUGCCAACACAACGGUGCGGUUGAUUUUGCUGGGCUCGACUCACUUUCAGCGAAACUUUAGGGAAUUCUCCACCAACGAAUCUAUAAUGAUGACGGAAAUAUACGAGUACGCACGAUCUCUUAACGAGGAGCGGUACACAAUCUCGGAGCUACAAUACUAUAAAUAUCUGCUCGCAUGCCGAAUGUUAGACUAUGGAAUGCAGCUUAAAUGUUUGCUUUACAUGGAGCAAAUAGCCGAACAGAUUCAGUUUGAUCCAUACCGUUUUGAUGCAGCAUUCAUCAAAAAGAUUUAUACACUUGGUGAUCGUUUGAAGUACUAUGAUCCAGUACUGGAAAAGGCGUUGGAUGAAUCUGUAGACAACACUGGUCGCGGUAACAUUUACUCGAAAGUCGAAGAUCCUGUUUGGUUGCAGCGAUUGAGUACAUUAUUAAGCAAUUAUGGUUCCGAGAACAAUUCGAACUUUGUUAACCUUAAUUCUAAUGAUGCGCAAGAUCACAACACCAAUAAAUAUAGCAGCUACACUGGAUACAACGCAGAACUUCAACAACAACAGCAACAGCGUCAGCAACAACAGCAAGGUUCUGAGCAAUCAUACGGUUUGGAUCCUUCAGAUAUCAACAAACAGUUCGCUGAAAUAAACCAACAAUUUAGCCAGCUGAACAUGCAGUACAAUGAAACGUACGAUCUACAUCAACAACAACCACAACAGCCAGCGACAACGCAGUACGAUCAUCAGACGGCAGCCCCAAGCUACGACCAAGGAUACGAUUCUAUCAAUCAAUCAUCAUUGCAGGAAGAAAACCAACUUAAACAACAGCAACAACAACAAAACUUGGAUCAACAAAACUCCUACGGUUACGACAGUUUGCCCGGGCAACCAGGCAUAUUUGUUCCGGUUCCAGCAUCUGGUCAACAGGAUGUGCAGAAUGCCAAUCCAUACGACUAUUGGGGUUCAAGUACAGAGCCGGUUUCGAACCAAGUCGCGUCCUCGUCCACAAGCCGAGAAACCUCCCCGGUACAACCGGGUGCUAUCGCCGAAACUCCGCGCGAGAUCGAGCGAAAAGCUCACGAUAUAUCCUACGUCUCACCACCAGCACCGCUCGGGGGUGAUGGUGCAUCGCGUGAAUUGAGAUCAGCCCUCCAACCAGUCGCCGAUACUAUUCCGGGUGGCGCCGGGCUGAUUAACUACGUGCCGAAACCUUCCAUUUCGAUGCCAAAUGCGGUCUCAAACCGACCGGGGUUUGGCGAGGAGGACAGUUCGUCGAAAAACGGACCAUCUAAGCAGCCGCAACCUGGUGACCAUUCAAAAGCUGCCAACGAUUUGUCGAAACAGGUUCCACCCUCUAAAGAUUCUAAGGCGAUGACCAGCAAUCAAAGUAAUAAUUCCGGGUGGUUUGGUGGAAUAUGGAAUAAGUUUUCCCUGAAGCCAAAAAACCAAAUGAUUCUUCCAGACGAUAAGAAUCCGACGAUUGUGUGGGACCCUGAGACCAAACGUUGGGUGAACACGGAAGCAAGCGAAACUGGAGAGGAAGCAUUCAAGCCGCCGCCGAAAAUGUCGGACAUUAUGCCAACCGGUUCGUCUCAGCCCGUUCAAGGACCAGUUCCGGUCCAAUCAACACCAGCACCCGCACCAACUCCCGUAAACACUGGUUAUAGCACAGUAUCCCCCUUCAAUCAUGAACCCAAUCUGCAACAAAUUGCACCAGAUGUUACCUCUCAACCAAGGGCAGCCGUACCCGUGGCGCAUAAAAUGGGCGAAGCAACCAAAGUACCGACACUGCAAUCGAACAUGUUUAAAAUGCAAAGGAAUCGAACUCUCAAAAAAUCCUACGUCGAUGUGUUCAAUCCAUCCGGUGCGCCACCCAGUCGACCUGUGGAACCCAUUCUAGCUCCAACCGUUCCGACGAUUCCUACAAAUCAAGGUGGUUUCUUCGUUCCUGGACCGGCACCUAUUGGAGGAGGGCCAAACAGUGAGAACCCCUCCGAGGGAGUACCUCAAUUCUACAAUCCCAACCAGUACGCUGGAUAUCAACAAUAAGAAGGUGCUAAACGACGAUGAUUCGCGUGCUAACACAUAACGAAAAACAGAGAAAAUAGUUUAUAUCAACGAAAGUUAGGUUGCUCAUGAAUAUUGAACAGAUACCGUGGUUACCCGUUAACAGCGGUUGAAUGCGCUUCUUUCUUGAAGAGCGGGUACUGACUGGAAAAUAUAGGAAAAUUUGUUCGUGUGGACUCUUUGUUUUGUACAUGUUUUGUUCCUUUGUGUAUUGUAAUAAAGUAUCUAUUUUUCGUAUCAUUAGUUCACACAUGUUUCAAAAACUAGGUUCGCAGAUAAUGUUCUAAAAUACACGUUUAUGAGAAGCAAAACGUCGACUGCCUAUAGUUUUCGGUUUGAAAAUACGUUCUAUACAGUUUUUAAUGUGUGAAAAAGGUAAAUAUUCUGGUGAUGUAUUAUUUUUUUUUUGUUUUAUUGCUAACGAUUAUGUUUAAAUCCUAUUUUUAUAUAAAAUAGCCAAUAGAAAAAGGUAUAUAGUGAAAGAAUAGUGAAAACAUUAGUAUGAACAAGAGAAGCACUUUGAAAAAGUAAGCUGAUUCUCAUAGUGAGGUAAUGUGAUAUGUAUUCUUUUUUCUUUUUAUUAGAUCUUUAUUUUCUUCUUUUAGAAUAUUUUUGCGCAGGGUGCAAAUGUGAGUACAUAUUUUUAUCCUUGAGCUUUAGUUUUAUUUUUCGAGAGACAGAUACAUUAAAUCAAGUAAAGCAUAACACCUCAAACAAUUGUAUGUCUAAAGAACCGCUGGUUUUGUGAGUAUAAUCAGUAAAAUUUUUAUUAAUCUACAAGAAAAGUGCUCCACGCUAGAUAGUGCUGGGUAUGUCGAACAUAAUGUUUUCAAAUGUAUUAUAUAAUAAAUUUUCUAUUUGAAAAGGUAGAUUGUUGGAAUAGAGCGGCAUCUUGGGCACGAAGUUGAACUUCAAAACUUUAUGGGUCAUUAAUUCAUUAGCAAGGUAUUUUACCCAUACUUGCAAGUCAGUUCCACGUGGAUACGGAAUCCCGUAGAACAUAGGACAAAAAUGCGAUUUCGGGUACUCUGCCCACAUUCAUAAAUUUUGGCGCAAAUAAAAAAGGCACCCUACAGCCUCCGUUACAAAUCGAAAAUUCUUGGUGGUACUGUAAGAUUUAACAGAAAUGACCAACUGUAUAGUUCUCCAUGCAAACAUUAAGCGAAUGAAGUUAAAAAUAUAUAAUAAACAAAUGAUAAUUAUCUUAAAA